ACAGUUCUUUUUUUGUAACAAAGUAUCCUGAGUUCACUCAAAGGAUAUUUAACUCGCUCUUCUUGUAGCUAGUUGUUAGCAGUGUUGAUACUCAGUAAUCAUGGCAAUCCAUGGCUACGAUAGUAAGGCAGCUCUGCAGCAGGUCAAUCAGUUUUGGUCGAUGCUAGAUGACAUGUGUGAGAAUAACCCGGAGGAGUACAGGAGCUUCAUUCAGCGCCAGAUGCGGGAGGGAGCAGAGUUUCACUCACCGCCGCAGCCGCACACCUGCAUCCGAGCUGCCAUACUGGGACCAAAGGAAGGCAUUUUGUACAUUAACAUAUGCGGCUGGAAACGUGUACCAGCUCCUGCUUCUGACAGAGAACCCGUUCCUGUGUGUGGAGGAAAAAUAGAGAAAUUGACAGAGGAGAAAGAGGAAUUUAGUGUUGUUGAUGCAGCUUUCAACCCUGAGGUUCUGCAGACAACAGAAAAAGACAAAGAGGAGAAAGAGAAUCUCUGUCUGCUUGCUCUGAACUUCAUCCAGCAACAGCACAACCUGACUCUGUCCCAGUGCUACAAACUCAGCAAAGAUAAAAUCAAGGGCAGCAUUCGGGAUAUGAAGCAGCGGCUCACGUCCACAAAAGCAUGCAAAUCUACUUUAAAUGGGUUAGAAUCUGAACCAGCUCCAUCUCUCCUUCAGCAGAUCUGCACCUUACAGAUGACUGAGAGCGAUGAGGACUCGUCUAUUCAACUGAAGAUAGAGCAGGAGAGGAAACCAGCGAGAUCAGGCCUCAUUGAGUUGAUCUCAAGCACAGAGUCAGACCAGCCUCAGCCACAACUACCCAAGCAUCAACUGACAAUUUGUUUUGAUGGCAGUGGCUCUUCUAGAAUCCUGCAGUUAUGUGUAGAGCUUCCUGGAGUGAGAUCCGUUUCACAGUGCCAGCUCAGGAUCUCUGAGGAUGAUAUUCUCCUGGAGGUUGAAGACAUUUAUUAUCUUCUUCUACCGUUCCCUGAGUUGGUCAAGGAGGAGACGUGCACUGCAAAGUUCAAUAAGAAGAAACAGACUCUUAAUGUGACAGUGACUGUGGUAUGAAAACCUUUCACUCUUGUUUAUCCUGAUACUGUGAAUAAAUGCUAUGUAGAUCCGCCUUUGAAA